AGAGAGAGAGAGAGAGUAUCAGUGAGUGCUGGGGAGGAUGACAAAGAUACAGUGAAGCAAAUCAGGCUUGACUGGUGGUUGGUUUGCCACUUGCCAAAAAGGGUUGCCCAUGUGGUUGUAGUCCAUUCCCCUUUUCCUUAUUCCUUUGCACUUUCUCCCAUUUCUUUGGCCUCUUUUGCACUAUCUCAUGUUCUCUUUUUCUCUCAAAAAAUAUCAUUGUCUGUCUAUUUUUAUCUCCCUUGGUGUCAAAAUUCUCGUAUCUUAGGGUGGCAAAAAAAAGGAAAAAAAUAACUUAAAUUUGUGGGACAGUUUUUUGCACAUGAUUAGUAGAAGUCACCCUGCAUCCUCAAUGAAAAUCCUGAUUUGCCAUAUGGGUCUUUCGUGUUCUUAUUUGUCAUUGAUGACUUAAUAAAUCAUGUGGAAUAUCUGUGGAGAAAUUGAAAGUUCCAAUGGAUGUAGAUUAUAGGUUGAAUUUUGAUGAUGGCUUUAAGAUCCUCUGUUAUUGCAUUUUACCUAGGUUGGCCUUGGAUUUGUUACAGUCAUUCCAUAGGCAAAUUCCCUUUUCCUGUUCCAGGUUUUAACUCAUUUGUUGAGAAUGGAUAGAUGAGCAUCACAAUAUGUGCCGAUUUAAUAUUGCUUUUGAUAGAUAUAUGUAUUUAUUUCUUCUCAGCCAUACAAUCUUGGAAAUCAUUCAUAAAGCAUCUCCUACAGCUGCAUAAAGGGACUCUAAUGUGGAUCCCAUCUGAUACAUCUGUUGCUGCCCACCGUACGAUUCUUUGCUCAUUUUCCUUUCUCUCCAAAUUAUCUGCUCACUGGAUUCUAUUCAAGUCUAUGUUCUGUCAAGAAGGUUCUGGAUUAUUCUGGAUUAUGGGUCAAUUGAAGGAAGUUAGUUAGGUAGUGGUUGAGAGAUUAGUUAGUCAGUCAGUUACAUCAGUUGUGAAUUAGUUAGUCAGUUACAUCAGUUGUGAAUUAGUUAGGCAGUUAGAAGGGUGAGGCAAAGAAGUAGUUAUAAAUAAUUGAGGAACUCCCAUAUGGGGGGUAUGUAAAAUUCUGAAAAAUAAUACAGAUUUUGUGCUUUCUUCCUUAAGCCUUUGCUUCUUCUUCCCUAGCUACUACAUUGGUAUCAGAGCCCCAGGUUCUUGGCCUGUUAAUCCUCUGCUUCGACUGAACUAGAGCAGCCCAGGAAGCUAAAAACAUUGAGGAGACAUUACGCUCAUUAAAGGAGGGUAAUGAGAGAAAUGCGAAGGAAAUCGGGGAAAUCAGGAGUUCUCUCAAAGAUUUGGGGGAUAUCAAGGAAUUGAUUGCUGCCAUGAGUAUGAAGUAUGAUCAAAUGGCAGGACACAUUUAUGGGAAACAGCAUGUAGAUCGGAGUGACAAUUCUAGAAUGCUCCGCCAAGAACAGUCAGGGGUUUCUCCAGUAAGGGUUCAAGCCCGUGGGGAUUUUCAAGCUCGUGGGGAAAGGAUAGACUACCAAUCUCAUCAACGAUUUGCGAAGAUUGAAUUUCCUCGUUUCUAUGGUGAUAAUCCAACUGGUUGGCUUUAUAAAUGUGAAAGAUUUUUUGAGUACAAUACUGUUGACAAUCUUGAUAAAGUGAAAUUGGCAUCUCUUCAUUUGGAGGACUCGUCUUUGCAGUGGUUUCAAUGGUUUGAAAGAUGCCAUCAUCAUAUUACUUGGGAUUUGUUUACACAAGGACUUCUAUCAAGAUUUGGCCCAAAUUCAUAUGAAGAUGCAAUGGGUAACCUAACCAAAUUAAAGCAGACCACUACUGUGAGAGCUUACCAAGAACAGUUUGAGGUUUUGGCGAACAAAACUCAAAACCUCCCUGAAACUUUCUUUAUUAGUUGUUUCAUAAGUGGUCUUAAGGAUGAAAUUCAACCAGGGGUAUUAAUGUUUAAACCAACCUCUAUCACUCAGGCUAUUGGGUUGGCAAAACUUCAAGAAACAAGUAUUGAAGCCAUUACCAAGAAGACUAGGUUGGGAACCAAAUCAGAAGGCAUCCCUCCUUUUUCUGUAAACAGGUCACAAGUGGGUAAUGGGGGAUAUGUUCGAAAGGAGUUAUCUAAGGAAUUGGAGGAAAAGAAGGCCAAAGGGUUAUGUUUUAAGUGCAAUGAGAGAUAUACUAAAGGGCAUGUGUGUAAAAAAAACAAUUGUAUGUUAUGGAAGGAGGAGAAGAUGGGGAGGAAGAUGAUCAACUACCAGUUCUUGAUGAAGAUAAACGAGAAGAUGAGGAUCAGUUAUCUGGGGAGGAACUGCAGAUUUCUUUGAAUGCUUUAACUGGUACACUCU